AUGCCUCUUCAAGCUAGACGACCUAAUCUCCCAUCCCUCACCCUUCCUGGUUCCAAAUCUUCGCUCUUGAUGGUCCAAGAUGUUCUUACACCUCAUACACCCCAACCUUUUACCCCAUUACCGUUUGAACAAGGUCCAAUGGUGAUGACACCUGACACGCCUUCGUUCGAUUUGAAUCCUAUGGAAAUCAUCUUAGGGGAUAAACAGUCACCUGGACACAUUAUCGAGGACAAUGAAUCGGAAUGGACUGAAGAAGAACAAGGUGUAUUACAAUCCUACCUUGCCCAUCCUCCACGAGCGUUGAGAACGGCUUAUCCACCUGGAACAUUACCACCUCCAGAUGCACUAGAUGAGAUAACGAAUCAUUUGAUCAAUAGUGAAACACGUAAAUCGCCAACAACGACAAGGAACCAGCUUGGGCUUGGGACAACCAGUUACAAUGGCUCGGAGAACCUCAAUGGUGAUGGAGUUGACACAUCAAAUGGUAAAGUCACAUUGAAAUGGAAACACUCAUGGAAUGAAACAAGACAGAAAUUGUUCAAUCUCGCAAGGCAAGAAAGUAUGGAAAGUAUAGGUGGGCAUAGAAGGAAAGAAUCAGAUUCCAUAAUACCCUCAGCUAAAGAAUUAUUUGACAUGGAACAACAACGACAACAAGAAAGAAACGAUGCAGUGAUGAAACCUCAAAGACCAAGAUUAGCUGUUUUAGGCGGACAAAAAAUGAAUAGACAACAACAUUCAAUGGAUAAUCUAUAUGGUGAUGAGAAACCUCAAACCUUCCAAGAAGCCCUAAGACUAUCCAGCAAUUUGCAGGUCAACUCGCUUGGUAAUAAUGAAGAACUUCAUUCUGGAUCCGGACUUUCAUCUCCCCUUACGUUCUCCUUCAACCUCCCUGCUACGGUUCGCAAAUCAUUCCCUUUCUCAGCUCCAUCUACUUUCCUUCCUCGUCCUGCUUCUCUCCUUCAAAGAGGAAGAUCUUUCACAUCUGAAGACUUUGCUCGAGAGCAUGCUAAGGGAGAUGAUCUGGAUGAUUUCGCUUUGGAUGAUAUUGACACUGAGUCUCGACCUGGAUCGCCUGCGCGGAUUCGACCAGAGAAUCACAGAUCAGUAUCAAGUCCUGUAUCGAUUCUAUAUUCAUCACCUCCUUCCUCGAUCUCGAGCCAUUCCGAGUUAGAACACGACCAAGAACAGGAAAACUUCAAAGGUUAUUUGGAUGUUGAUAUGGGAGAAGAAGAAGCACCUAUCACACCCGUCAACCAAACGUUCUCAGCUUUAUCGCUGGGUAUAAAUGGACCCUUAGGUAGUCAAUGUUCCACGCCCACAGUAUCAUCCACACCUUUAGCACCGCCACCAAUUGUUCAGCAACAACGUACUUCUUCGUCUUCCACGACAGCACCACAGAUAACGUUAACCGUUAUGUCACCUGAAAGAUCGAACUCUGCACCUUCUCCCAAUCCUUCUGUCUUGUCGACUUCACCUUCAGAGGCAUUCUCAAACCUUUCAUUAUCCCUAGGGAAACCACGGCCUUUCACCGACACAUCUUCGCCCAUGAAGUCGAGAUCAGUCUCAGCGGAAAUAGGUAAUUUUACCGGUGGAAUAAAACGAUCUUUCAGACAGCCACCUCAACUGAACCGAUCAUUAUCUGAUUCUGGACUGAAUCGAUCGUCAGGUAAUACUUUGUGUGGAGCAGGAUUAUCGAUGACAACUCUGCCGUUGGAGUCAGAGAGAAAUAGAGAAAACAAGAGACAAAAAUCUAUAAGUGGAAUGAAAUUCGGUCCAUCAGGUGUUAGUCUAAGUGUUGUCGUACCGAAAAGGAUAGGAAUCAACGAUGAAUUAAGAUCACCUUUUGAGAUGAAUAAAGGGUUCUAA